UUAAUAAAAGCUGGUGAAUUGUUGUUAUCAGUGAGUCUUAAACACACUCAGAAGAGCUGAAGAGUCUUAAUGGAGCCUUUGUUAUUAUCGAGUGUCUCAUCGUCAUGUCUGCUCUUGAAUCAGUGUUUUCAGCCUCUCAUAUCUUGGAGGAAAUUGGCAGAUAGAACCACGCCCCCUUUGAUACGCUAGAGUCACUAGACACGCCCCUCUCUGCUGAUUGGCUGAAGUGUGUUUUGGGACACUGUGGUCAAAAGUGUUUGGUGAAAGUCGCUCAGAGCAUCUUUAAUGAUCAACAGAAACACACAGUUGUCCACUAUAAACUGGUGUAGUGUCAGGAAGACAAAGAGUGAGGCUGAUCUGAGAGGAAGCUGCAGAAGCACAGGAAGAGCUGCUGCUGUUUAAACAAGAGCUCAACAUAUAUAUAUAUAUAUAUAUAUAUAAAGCAGAAGACGAGUGUCAGACACACAGAAUGGCUGAUAGGAGUCCUCUGUUUCUGCUGCUCAUCUUCUGGACACUCAGCACAGGUGUGUUUGGAGCAGGAGAGACUCCUGUGUUGAGCAUGUUUGGAGAAACUGUUCAUCUGCCCUGUGAAAAUACUGUUCAGGACUGCAGACCAGCAGGAACUACAUGGCUCUACAGGAGAGCACUUAAUUCACGGAUGGUUCAGCUGAUUGGUGUGGGGAGAAACUCAGAGAAACACGAGAGACUGAAUCUGGGCUCUGACUGCUCUCUAAUCAUCAGUAGAGUCACAACAGAAGAUGCUGGAUUUUACAUCUGCCGACAGUGGACAGAAGACUGGAAACAUGGACAUGAUGCACGUCUUUUUCUGCAUGUUCUUAAUGCUAACACAGCUCCAGCAGUGACUCAAGGACUCUUCACAACACCAACAAACACUCCAAGAACUUCUAAAUCAGCUAAAGGUAAUAGAGUAACAGCAGUGAGUCCCGAUCACAACACAAACUCUGAAGAUCCACAAAGUCCAAACCCAGCAGGAUCUUCUACAGCAGCAGUGAGUGUGAUUGUUGCUGUCGUCGCUGUGUUUGCUCUUCUGUUUUCUGCUCUUAUUGUCUGGCUGAUUCACAACAGAUUAGCUGAUGGUAAAGAUGAGGACUGUGACUCUUCUCUGCUGACGUCUGUGGUGUUUUCAGAGACUCCAGCAGAACACAUGUGGAAGAGAAUGAAAUAUUCAGUCUAGAAUUCAGAGCUCAUGGAAAACUCAAGGAAAUAAUCACAACAGUUGAAGUGCAGAUGUUUGCAGCUUUGAGAGAUUUUAAUCAUGUUUUAUUUCAGCUAACAUGUUGCUUGUUUAUUUAUUGCUUUAUUAAUAAGUUGGUUCUGAAAUAUUGAGCAUAAUGUGCUUCAUACAUAGCAAAUAAAUCCAUCAAAACUUCUUAUUUGCAUCUUAUUUGUAGUUUUUCACAGUGUAUAAAUCAGAAGCUGAGCUUUUAGCGAAUCACUAGAUUUUAUUUGAUUUCCAUAUUAAAGGUUUGCCAAAAUCCUAGCAUCACCC